CACGACCUACUGGCGGCGAGUGGUUUGAGUCACAAGCUCCUAUAGGUUUCAUAACGGUAGCUGCAUCGCUCCGGAGUCGUAAUAUAGUAACAGCUGUUCGGAAUGGCUGAGGAGGCACGUCCAGACCCACAGACUACCAGGAAUCCGCUGCUCGAGAUGAAGGUGAAUGUGGCCUUUGCAAAGUCCAGACUUGGAAUCCUCCUGGCUGUUGAAGUGGUGCUGGCAGUGAUCAUCGUAGGGCUGUCCACUGGUGUGGGAAACGUAGCACGUGUGCAGGACAGUUUGUACGUUCUGCUGCUCAUUUGCUUCUACGCCAUGAUCACAUGCUUCUUCCUGUGGGUCGCCGGCUUCGUCACGAAAGAAGGGACCAAAAAUCCAAUUUUCGCGGCGUUGGUACAUGGCUUCACCGCUAUCCUGUACUUCAGCAGCGCUGUGGCCGUUCUUGCACUGAUUCACCGUGGCGCUCCUGAGGCGGCUAACCAACCGUAUCCCGGACCCGAUGGCAGUAUUCCCGUUGACUUUCGCGGUAUCCAGAAAGACAUAUACCCUUCCGAUGUUGCCGGGUACAGGCUAGCCCCCGCUAGGGCUAACCCGGCAGGAUAUGAUGAGGCUGUGAGGAUCUUGGCACAGCUUAAGGCUGCAUGCAUGCUCGCAGUGGUCAUCGUGGGGCUGUCCAAUGGCGUGUCGGAGCUCCUGCGUCUAACUGACAGCUUCUACGUUCUGCUCCUCAUUUGCUUCUACGCCAUGGUCACAUGCUUCUUCCUGUGGGUUGCCGGCUUCAUCACGAAGGAAGAAAUCAAAAGCCCCAUUUUCGUGGCGUUGGUACACGGCUUCAGCGCAAUCCUGUACUUCAGCAGUGCUGUGGCCGUUUUUGCACAGCUGCAUCGACGCAUUCGUGUGGCUGCUGACAUCGGAUACCCCAUCUACCCGAUGCCCAAUUUCGAUUUUCCUAUGAAUAUUCACGGUAUUGGGAUAUACGACAGAAGCUCGGCCUAUGGUGGCAGGUAUAGGUCGACUUACGGCAGAGGCAGUGCGAGGGGACCAUAUGAGAUCGUGGCACAGAUUGACGCUGCAUGCGGAAUUGCCUUAAUUGCCAGCGUCAUCCAUGGAGGUCACGCAGUUCUCGCUGUUCUCGGACUGGUGUAGACGGCUCGAUCAUCUAGUGCAAGUGUCAUCUGCACUACGAGGCGUCAGUAUGCACUGCCUGACCUGGGUACCUCGGCGGUACAUACCUGUACAGAUCACUGUUCAUUUAACAUAUAAGUAUUAUAUUGUACGACAAGCGCAAGCACUUGACGCAGUAAUAAUAAAGCUGUAGAACUUUACAACAUUGGGAACACA